AUGAGGCCCGGCCAGGGGCCCGAGGACCAGGUGGGUGUCGCUCCUCCCUCGCCGGGCGUCUUCGCCUCCGCCACGGGAAGAGCUCGUCCUCGCUGCGACAACGUGGUGCUCAUCUGGAACGUGGGCACGGCCGAGGAGCUGUACCGCCUGGCCGACCAGCACCCCGACCUCAUCUACAACGUCUGCUGGAACCGCAACGGGAGCCUCUUCUGCUCCGCCUGCAAGGACAAGAGCGUGCGCAUCAUCGACCCCCGCCGCGGCACCCUCGUGGCGGAACGAGAGAAGGCCCACGAGGGAGCCCGGCCCAUGCGGGCCAUUUUCCUGGCCGACGGCAAAGUGUUCACCACGGGCUUCAGUCGGAUGAGCGAGCGGCAGCUGGCGCUCUGGGACCCGGAGAACCUGGAGGAGCCCAUGGCGCUGCAGGAGCUGGACUCCAGCAACGGGGCCCUGCUCCCCUUCUACGACCCCGACACCGGCGUCAUCUACGUCUGCGGCAAGGGGGACUCGAGUAUCCGCUACUUUGAGAUCACGGCCGAGCCCCCCUACAUCCACUUCCUGAACACCUUCACCAGCAAGGAGCCUCAGCGGGGCAUGGGCCGCAUGCCCAAGAGAGGCCUGGAAGUGAGCAAGUGUGAGAUCGCUCGGUUCUACAAGCUCCACGAGCGGAAAUGUGAGCCCAUCAUCAUGACUGUGCCCCGAAAGUCAGACCUCUUCCAGGACGACCUGUACCCGGACACGGCCGGACCGGAGGCCGCCCUGGAGGCCGAGGAGUGGGUGAGCGGGCGCGACGCCGAGCCUCUGCUCAUCUCCCUCCGCGAAGCCUACGUGCCCAGCAAGCAGAGGGACCUCAAGGUCAGCCGGAAAAACGUCCUGGACAGCCGGGCGGCCGCGGCCCCAGCGCCCACUCGGGCCGGAGCUUCCACGGCCGCCUCCACCACCACGCCGGUCAGUUCCCCGAGCGGCGGCAGCGGCAGCGGCGGAGGCAGCGGCGGCCUGGCCGGGGCCGGGGCCGGUGCCAGCCCUGGGGCCGGGGAGUCCGGGAAGCUGGAAGAGGUCACGCGGGAGCUACGGCUGCUCCGGACCCUGGUGAAGGAGCAGGGGGAGCGCAUCGCCCGCCUGGAGGAGCAGCUGGGCCGCAUGGAGAACGGCGACGUGUAGCCCUGCGUCUGCCCGCCGGACCGCACCGGGCGGCCGAGCCCUCUCCUGCCCUAGAGGCGGCGUGGGCCGGGCCGGGCCUCGAGCCGCCACUGCCCCCUCCGGAUGGCCAGGGAGCAGGAAGCUUUUAUACUUGUACCGAGAAUGAUUUUUGUAUACCCCCUCCGAGGGGCCGGCCGGCCCUCCCUGUCCCGCCCUGCCCUGCCCUGCCCCGGCCGCACUCCCAGGCUCCCCCACACGCGACCUGCCCGCUGCAGCUCCCCGGUGGAAGCUGCGGGGCCUCCUCUAUAUUUUCAUUCCAAAUAAAACCUUCUUUCUAAGAA